AUGGAGCAAAAUAACAAACCGUACGAAGGACUGAAAUGCGAAAAUUGUUGCUAUUGGUUUAGUAAAAUGUACCUCUUUAAACAACACUACCGCAGAUACCAUAGUACGCUCGGUCAGCUAAUAGAUUUACCGACACUGCCAUUCUUCGAGGAAAUGGUAAUGCAGAACGAUCUUCAAGAAGAGCUGUGGUUCGCUGUACUACAUCUUUCAACGAUGAAGCCUGUGCUGAUGCGCAUAUUCGUAGCGGAGGGCCACGCAACAAUGCGAAUCGCGAACAUCGAUGACAUCCGGGAACAGAAACGCAAACUCUCAGCCAAAGCCGUGCACAAUUCGGCUAGCAUACCCGUGCUUUAUGACGUCUAUUCGGAGAUUAGCGCAGAGGGCACUCAAAGCUUCUACGCGGUGCCGAAACAAAAUCUAGAAAACCCCGUUAACCAUCAUGGGCAGCUUCAGCCAAAAGUUUUUUUGCCACCCGACUUACAAUCGGUUGUUCCUACAAUAGACGAAGAUAUGGGUCAUUUUGCCGAUGUUUUAUUAUUUAACCAAAAUCUAUCAAAUCCAAUGUGUGACUCGUUGAUGGAAUUAACAGAUAGUCUCUAA